UUGUUCGCUGACUAAAGCUUCGAGGUGUCCCUGAGAAAGACUUAACUGUCUUUAACCCUACCUGCUCUCAACGAGCUGGCUGUCCCUUUCACUAGUUGACCCCGAUGUCGGGCGACUACAGAGUUUACUAUUUCAUGACUUUCAUAGACUAUCGGAUUUCUAUGAAGCUAAAUAAGUCAUUUGUUAAAGCAACAGCUUUUCGGACCGGUGGAGAUCCAAAGUCGCUUGACUUUCAGUGUUUAUGAACUGAACUUGAGUAGGAGGAUUUUUUUCUUUUUCAAGAUGGAUAGCACUUGGCAACGCGUCCAGUCCAUGUACCGGUGGACCCUGGAGAAUGGAGAUGAGAGAACGGACCCAUGGCUUCUGGUGUACUCUCCGGUCCCAAUAGUAGUCAUUAUACUGGUCUACCUCUGUGUGGCCUGGACCGGACCCCGAUUGAUGAAACACAGGGAACCCGUUGAUCUGAAAGGAGUUCUCCUCCUUUACAAUUUUGCCAUGGUCUGCCUGUCUGGGUAUAUGUUCCAAAAGUUCGUGGUCUUAUCCAGGUUGUCCAAUUACAGCCUCCUCUGUCAGCCGGUAGACUACAGCAACAGCCCACUGGCAAUGAAGAUGGCCAAUGUGUGUUGGUGGUUUUUCUUCUCCAAGGUCAUAGAACUCAGUGACACGGUAUUUUUCAUCCUGAGGAAGAAGAACAACCAGCUGACCUUCCUCCACAUCUUUCACCAUACCACCAUGAUCGUCAACUGUUGGGCCGGUGUGAAGUAUGUCCCGGGUGGACAAUCGUUCUUCAUUGGCUUGCUCAACAGCUUCGUCCACAUGAUCAUGUACUCUUACUACGGCCUGGCAGGGCUUGGGCCCCACAUGCAGAAAUUUCUCUGGUGGAAGCGCUACCUCACCACCCUGCAACUGGUUCAGUUUGUCGUUGUGACGACACACACAACGUAUAACCUGUUCACUGAGUGUAACUUCCCGGACUUCAUGAAUGUCGUUGUCUUCGGCUAUUGUUCAACCCUUAUCGUCCUCUUCUCCAAUUUUUACUACAAAAACUAUCUCAGCGAAAAGGAAAAAAGGAAGUAACACACCAUCUCAGAUUACAUUUUGUUGUUAUUUUUGUUGGUCAAUGUGAAAUAUUCUAUCAAUCGAACGUUUACAGCUUCUUGACUUUAAUGCAUCGAAGAAUUCUGGUUAGCCUAUGUUGGCAUUAUUGCGCUAUAUCUAGGGCUGCAUUUAGUCGAUUGAUAGAAACUUUAUGAAAUCUAAU